UUACCGUAAACGCAAUAGUGCAAUUCUGGUGAAACGUGGCCGAAAGCUUUCUCCGUAUUUUUGUUCUUCCCCCUUAGCUAAUCAUUUCUGUACAUUGCUCAUCACUUUCGGGAUUUCAAUUGCGCCUUCUAAUCUAUCAUACGAUACAACCAUGUCAAGUUCAGAUGAAGAUUGGUUCAACCAGGAUGAGGACGAGCUGGUGCAGGAUCUGGAGAAGAGUAAGUCCCUGGAGGUGAAUCAGAAUGAGGAGCACAUAGAUUGCAUCCCGAGGGUAAGUACGAUAAAAGCCAACUCAUCCUAUGUGGGAAAUGAUGGUAAGGCCAAUGGUCGAUUCUCCCUGACCGACUUAACGAAGGCCCUGAAAAUGCCGCCCAUCGACAUGUUCCUGUACUUCCUGUCCGAGGAUCGGGAUCUCUUCGUGAACCAGCUGCUGGCCAAUGAUAGUGUGAAGCGAGUUGGCCUGUUUGUGGAUGUUGAAGUCCUCUGUGAACUGGAGAUGGGCGGCUUCGAUGAAGAGUUCCUGUGCUUCAGCCGGCUGUCUGUGCUGCUGGACAAGAUCAAGAACCUUCUGUUGGCCAAGGCAUCUCUGGGUAAAUGCGACGCGGACUCGGUCAUGGUGUUGACCCACAUAAAGUUGCUCCUACGAGCCCAUAAGAAUGGAGUGCUUAGUCCCCAGGGCUACGAAUUGGUGGAGAUGUACAGGAAAUUGGCUUAUUCCUGUGAAAGCGACUUGGCUGAAGGUCUGGAAGCGUUCACCGGCAACCUUUCGCAUAAUGUCAAGGGACAAAUUUAUCCAACGCUGGACAAGUUAGUAGGCAAGGAAGCGGCUAGGGAAGAGGAACUCCCAGUGUCCGACAAAGUGGUCCAAUACUUGAAUACGCAGCGGCAGUUACUAAGAGAUGAUUCCACUCCUUUACUCGAGUUUGUGCAGCAGCUUCGCACCGGAACAGAUCCCAGUGAGCAGGAGCGACAGGGUCUUCUGUGGACCAAUGCUUAUCUGACUUUGAAUCCUCAGUUUGCCGAGGCUCAGCGUCAUAGCCUGGUUUUCCUAAAAGUAAAAUCUUCUGAUGGUUCUAAUAAGAACGGACUAGAUAACAUAAAAUCAGGAGCAUUGCUCUGUCUAACAACUAGUCUCACCUUUGAUGAUCUAAUCCUAGCCACUGUGGGCUACACAGAGCCUGAAAAACUAAAGGAGGGUUGUCUAAGUGUGCAGAUUGUCAAGCAGUACAACAUUGGCAACAUCUACGACCGUCCAAUGACCAUGUUCCAGACGCCCGUGUUCUUUGAACCCUAUCUUAGGGUCCAUAACUACCUGAGCACCUGCAGCACCGAGCAUUUUCCCAUGCGUCGCUAUAUUGUAGAUGUAGUGUUGGAUAUAGCACCGCCAGCCUACAUUAAACCAGGAGUUAAGCUGAGCCUUAAAGGCAAGCCCUUUACUCUGGACAAACUGCCUGAAGAUGUGCCUUUUAAUGAGAGUCAGGGAAAAGCCUUCAAGGAAGCCCUUAGCAGGGAGUUCAGCAUCAUUCAAGGACCGCCAGGCACGGGCAAAACGCACCUGUCGGUGGAGUUGGUCAACAGUUUGAUACAGAAUGCCAAAGUCCUGGGCACGGGUCCCAUAAUUGUGCUGACCUAUACGAACGACUCGCUGGACAAGUUUCUGGUGAAAGUCUCGCACUACACCCAGGAAAUACUACGCUUCGGCUCCCAAUCUCGAAAUUCGUUAAUAUCCAAGUUUAAUGCACAUACCAUGAUCAAUCCAGAUCUGGUGCCACCGCGCUUGAAGCGAAUUUGGUGGCUGGUCAACUUCGAAUACAAGGAAAAGUUCCAGUACCUGCAAAGUCUGUACUCGAACUUUGAUAAUAGCGAGGAAAGCUACCAAAAAACUUUGGUGGCUCAGGACCAGCUGCAUCAGGUGGCCGAGCGAAUCGAAACACUACGCAUGGUUUUCCAGUUCUUUCUGGCAAAGGAUAAGGAUGUGCUGGCUAUGACCACCACUUGCGCGGCUCGUCUCAACUUCCUUUUCCGGUUACUGCAAUCCAAGUGCGUAGUUUUUGAGGAGGCAGCCGAGAUUCAGGAGGCACACAUCCUGGCUUGCCUAACGCCGCAUACAGAGCACGUUAUCCUUGUCGGCGACCACAAGCAGCUCCAGCCCUUCACCGGCAGCACUAAGGUGCCACAGAUCUCUCUCUUCGAACGCCUCAUCGUGGCCGGCAUGCCGUUCUCCAUGCUUAAUCUGCAGUACCGCAUGCGUCCAUGCAUCUCGGAGCUCCUUGUGCCCAGCAUUUACGACGAAUUGCUCUGCUCGGAGUCAGUGAAGGAAUACAAAGACGUCCGCCUAAUGGACAGAAACUUGUACCUUGUGCAGCACAACGAGCCGGAGCAGCGCACCUCUGACAUGUCCUUCGAGAAUCCCUACGAAGCUGGCGUGCUGGCUAAACUAACUGAGUUUCUUAUUGAGAAGGGAAAGUAUAAGCAAAGUGAUAUUGUAAUACUUUCACCUUACAAUGCACAAAUCGAGUGCAUUAAGAAAGCGCUUCCUCGAAAGUAUCGGAUUCAAGUGGCAAGUGUGGAUAGUUUCCAAGGCCUAGAAGCCAAUAUUGUGCUGCUCUCGCUGGUUCGCAGCAACUCGUCUGGCCAAGUUGGCUUCUUGUGUCUGCCCAAUCGAGUUUGUGUGGCUCUUUCUCGCGCCCGCUGGGCCCUGUAUAUUAUUGGGGAUCUGGAGAUGCUGCAAAAGUCCUGCCCGAACAUUUGGAGUCCCAUUGCCAAGCGUUUGGAGGAGAAUUCCGCUAUUGGAGAUACUUUCCCCACCAUAUAGGUCUUAUAGAUCAGAAAUAAAAUAUGUAUAUAUCUACAUUUGA